AUGGAGCAGGAAGUGGCGAGAGAAGAGGAGAAGAAAGAAGGCUUGAUUGAGUUUUACGACUCCUUCAAGGAUAUGUUUGAGUUCUUCUGUAAGAACACAACGAUCCACGGCACCAUCCGCCUUGUGUGCUCAGACAGCAACAGGAUGAAAACGGCCUUUUGGACUCUGCUUCUGCUGGCCAGCUUCGGCAUGUUGUACUGGCAAUUUGCGCUCAUGUUCAGCCAGUACUGGGCCUACCCUGUUGUCCUGACCAUGUCAAUGCAUUCGGAGGCCAAGAUGUUUCCAGCCAUUACCAUCUGCAACCUGGACCCAUACAGAUUUGAGCUGGUUAGCGAACAUUUGGUUCAACUGGAUCGCAUGGCAGAGGAAUCCAUUGCCUUUUUGUACGGCAUCAACACAUCAGCCAGCUUAUUCCACACGAAUGAGAAAAACAUCCACGUGAAAGACUUGCCAAGCGUAGGCAACCUCAGCAGGUCUAGCUUCAAGCUGAGCCAAAACUUCUCACUCUUGAGAAUGCCUGACCACAAUAACAGGUCAGGGAAGAAGCAUUCCAGCGUGGGCUUCAAGCUGUGCAAUGCCACGGGUGGGAAUUGCUUCUACAAGACCUAUUCCUCUGGGAUGGAUGCGAUUCUUGAGUGGUACAGGUUUCACUACAUGAAUAUCAUGUCCCAGCUCCCGGUUAUAAUCAACAUUUCCGAUCACGAGGAGCAAAUAGAAGAUAUGGUCUACUCCUGUCAGUAUGAUGGGGAGCGCUGCAGACCCAGUGACUAUGUUCACUUUCACCACCCGGUCUUUGGAAGCUGCUAUACUUUUAACAGCAAGGGAACAGACUCUUUUUGGACAGCUACAAAACCAGGAAUUCCUUAUGGGCUUUCCCUCAUCCUGAGAGCAGAGCAGAAGGAUCACAUCCCACUCUUGUCUACGGUAGCGGGUGUGAAAGUGAUGAUACACAACCACAAUCAGACACCGUUCCUUGAGCACGAAGGCUUUGACAUCAGACCAGGCAUUGCAACCACGAUCGGCAUUCAGCAGGAUGAGGUGAAUCGCCUGGGUGGCAAUUAUGGGAAAUGCACGACUAACGGCAACGAUGUGAAUGUUAAACUCCUGUACAACAACUCCUACACCCUGCAGGCUUGUUUGCUUUCCUGCUUUCAGCACAUCAUGGUUCGAAAAUGUGGCUGUGGCUAUUACUACUACCCCCUGCCUCCCGGCGCUGAAUACUGUGACUACAACAAGCAGCCUGCGUGGGGUCACUGCUUUUACCAGCUGUACAACAGGCUCCGAAAUCAUCACCUGAAUUGCUUUGACCAAUGUCCCAAGCCUUGCCGGGAAUCGCUGUACAAGGUGUCUGCUGGGACAGCUAAGUGGCCAUCCGUGAAGUCUCAGGACUGGGUCCGCCAGGCUCUAAGGCAUCAGAAUGGAUAUAACUCCACCAGCAACAGGAAGGACAUUGCCAAGGUGACGAUCUUCUACCAGCAACUGAACUACCAGUCCGUGAACGAGUCUCCUUUACUCUCGGAGAAUCUGCUGCUGUCCAGCAUGGGAAGCCAAUGGAGUCUCUGGUUUGGAUCCUCGGUGUUGUCUGUGGUUGAAAUGUUUGAGCUGCUUAUAGAUACAGUGGUCUUGUCUCUCCUCUUCUGCUACCAGAGGUUCAGGUCAAAGAAGACGUUGAAAGUAGCUCGCACUCCCACCAUCCCCAGCGUGAGCUUGACCCUAGAAAACUACCGAGUUGUGCAAGAAGAAGCUGGGAAAGGUGAUGAUUCUGCUCGUGCUCCCCCUUCUGGAGUGACUAUUGCCGUGGACCACAGGGACCUGCAGCUCCACCCGCUCUCCAGCAAGGUGGAACUGCCAGAGCUGUGCCCGGACGUGGUGCUCAAUGGACUGAGGUACACGAAGGACAGCUCUUUGGAGGGGAACUGA